AUGCGUUACACAGCUUUCCUCACCGUCGCUGCUCUCUCCAGCACCGUCUUUGGUUUCGCUUCGCCUGUCAAGCGUACCCCCCAGGAAGACGUGACCAGCAUUCUCGAGGCCCUCCGUGAGAACAACCCUGAGGACGCCGAGGCGGCGGCAGCGGCCAUGAAGGUCAAGCUUCGCCGCCAGGACGACAUGGCGAGCAUCUUGGCGGCUCUCGAGGCCAACAGCCCGGAGGAUGCGGCCGCUGCCAGGCAGGGUCUCGCUGGUGCCAACACUAAGCGCCAGGAUGACAUGGCCAGCAUUCUCGCUGCCCUCGAGGCUAACAGCCCCGAGGAUGCGGCUGCCGCCCGCCAGGGUCUAUCGGCCGGAAACACCAAGCGCCAGGAUGACAUGGCGAGCAUUCUUGCGGCUCUCGAGGCAAACAGCCCUGAAGACGCCGCGGCGGCUCGACAAGGUCUCUCUGGUGCCAACACCAAGCGCCAGGAUGACAUGGCCAGCAUUCUCGCUGCCCUCGAGGCCAACAGCCCUGAAGACGCUGCCGCCGCUAGGCAAGGUCUUUCCGCUGCUAACACCAAGCGUCAAGACGACAUGGCUAGCAUCCUCGCUGCCCUCGAGGCUAAUAGCCCUGAAGACGCUGCUGCCGCCCGUCAGGGUCUUUCUGCUGGUGUUACUAAGCGAUGGGUUGCUUAG